AUGGCUGCCGCCUACCAGACCCAGUCCAUCUUUCCGGACAGCUAUGUCGGUUUCGACAGCAUCACCAAGCAGAUUGAGAAGAAGACCGUCAAGCGGGGCUUCCAGUUCAAUGUCAUCUGCGUCGGCCAGACCGGUCUCGGAAAGUCGACGCUCAUCAACACCAUCUUCGCGUCGCACCUGAUGGACAGCAAGGGCCGCUUCCAGCCCGACGAGGAGCCGCGCACCACCACCACCAUCCACCCGGUCUCGCACAUCAUCGAGGAGAAUGGCGUGCGUCUGCGCCUCAACAUUGUUGACACCCCUGGCUACGGCGAUCUUAUCAACAACGAGCGCUGCUGGGACCCCAUUGUCAAGUACAUCAAGGACCAGCACAGCGCCUACCUGCGCAAGGAGCUGACCGCCCAGCGUGAGCGAUACCUCCAGGACACGCGCAUCCACUGCCCCUCUGGUCACGCCCUGAAGCCCAUUGACAUCGUCGUGCUCAAGAAGCUUAGUGAGUUUGUGAACGUCGUCCCUGUCAUUGCCAAGAGCGACAGCUUGACCCUCGAGGAGCGUGCCGCCUUCAAGGAGCGGAUAAAGGAGGAGUUCCAGUUCCACAACCUGCGCAUGUACCCCUACGACAAUGAUGAGGACGACUCCGAGGAGGCUGCCCUCAAGACCUCCAUCCGGGAGCUCCUGCCCUUCGCUGUUGUUGGCUCAGAGCGCACUGUUGUCGUGAACGGUAGGAACGUUCGCGGUCGCCAGAACAAAUGGGGCAUCAUCAACGUUGAGGACGAGACCCACUGCGAAUUCGUCUACCUCCGCAACUUCCUCACUCGCACCCACCUGCAAGACCUCAUCGAGACUACCGCUCAAAUCCACUACGAGUCCUUCCGCGCUAAGCAGCUGCUCGCCCUCAAGGAGAGCUCUGCCGUCGGCGGCCACUCUUCGCGCCCCAUUUCGCCAUCCGCCGAUCGUGAACUUAGCAGGAACAGUCAGCGCAUGACCAUGAACGGGUACUAGGAGCACCCGAACCAUAGCCGCGUUGACAGCACGGGUGGGAGACCGAGUGGUCUGCCGUCACGGGCUGCUAUUCCUAUGGAUGCCAUAUCUGUCAUGUCCGAGCGAACGUUGGUCGGUCGACCCCCGGGUCCCCUCGAAUCCAUGUCCGAGCGUACGUUGCUUGGCUGACGGCUAGGCGAGCGGAGGAGAGGAUGAUCUUGAUACCAGUGCAACUGCACGAAACCCGGGCCGCUGUGGGGCAAUACUUUCUACACUUUACAUUUGAUUUACUAUUAUUUUAGUUCGGAUGAGUUAACUCUUUUUCUCCUAUGUGCGAGCACGGUGUCGGGACUGUGUGCUGCGGGUUUACUGGCUUAUACCCAGCUCGAGAUCUAGGAUAGUGCCAGAAAGUAAUGUUCACAACAGACCGCUCUGCUCUUCUAUCCAG